AUGACUUUCGAAAUGAUGACCCUUGAUCCGGCAUCGGAGAGAAGGAGACCAAGCACUGCUCCUCCAUCCUGUGACGACGAUAUUUCCUCUAUUUCUGAACGAUCAGAUUCCCGUGCUUGGUCUUAUCAGAACACGUCUAUUCGUUGGCCCAAGAACAAAGUACCAGUCGAGAUCUUCGAAAUCAUCAUUUCGCACCUUACGCGCCUCGAAGUCAGAUGCUUGCGACUCGUUUGCAAGGAGUUCGAGACCAAAGUAUCUGCACAGUACUUUCGCAAUGUGGUCGUCCCAUUCAAAUCUGAGCUUUAUAGCAAACUGGAUCGUGAUGAGAAUGGCGUCCUCAAACGCACCUCUUCUGCCCUCCUCUCAGGUGGAAUGCGCAUCUUUCAAUCAUUUGGCCCUCACAUCUGGCGCUUUGCGCUUUCGCUAGAGCUCGAUGAGGACACUCUCUCAUACCCCCCAAUCAAACCUUCACAGGAGGCUGUGCCAUCUUUUUGGGGUAUAUAUCGUUGGCCGCAUGGUACAUAUCACCGAUACACCGACCUGGAAGGCCUCGAACAGACUGCCGACGAGACUGAGGCCAUGAAGGAGGCCCUCAAAUGUUUGGUCAAGGUCACAAAUCUUGGUCUUUGCUGCGAUGCUGGUCUUGGGUUUCUAUCUGGGCCUGAUCACAUAGCACGCAACGCUACCACUCUACAUCCUGUUUUUGCAACGCAAGAUUGGCGCCGCACCGGCCUUGAGCCUCCUCACCGAAAGCAGGCUAUUGUCACCUUGUCUGAUUUUCAUGAACUCGUCAAGGAUAUUAAGAAGCCUGUUUUCGAAAACCCCAUUUGCUUUAAGCGGACCGUAUUGCAAAAGAUGGCAACCGAUGCCGGGUAUUCAGCUGAUCAAGUUCAAGAAGCUGUACGCAUGAUACUCGACACGGAAGGCACUGACCUCAACACCAUCGACUUUGAUGAGAGAGACUCCUUACUUAACGACACGGACUCUCGACCGUCGUUGCUGAAUAAUCAUCGGGCCAACAUGGAGCACCGCGCUAACUUCGAGCCUGCUCCAGAUACAACAAACUUUCCACUCGUUCCCUCCUGUCUUACAAGAGCGCAGAAGGAGAUGCUCCUAGAGCUAGAAUGGGCUCAUCGAGCUAUGAUUCAAUCCUACGUCAUCGGUCUGAUUGACAAUGCUCGAGAUGGCUGUUUCGCGAAUCUAACAACACUCACCAUUGCCAAAAUCCCUAGCAGCCAUGUGUACAUCUUCCAGCGUCAUGAUCUCUGGCAGAACCUGCCCUCUCUCAACAAUGUCUCAUUGGGCGUUAUUGCAGACUGGCGACGUGUUUCUAAAACUGCCCCAGGAUGUAUCGAAGAUGUCCCCGUCUCUCCUGUCGAUGCUGUCGGGAAGGUGUACCAGCUACUUAAUAGUUACAUUGGUUCACAAGCCAACAUCGAGAGCCUUCACUUCGAAUGGAUCUGCGGAGGAGAGUUCGCGCCCUCAACGUUCCAGCGAAAUCAUUACAUUCUUCCGGCUCCUUUCUUUGAAGAUCCUCACCUCAUGGCGCGGGUGGACAGUCCCAGAACUCACCGACACGAGGUCCUCAUCCUGCCCUUCAUCAAACAUCUAUCUUUAAAGAAUUGCUGGGCCUCACCGCAUGUAUUUAUGCAAACAAUUCGCAAUAUGGCACUUUGCGCGUUGGAGAAACUUGAUCUGGAAUCUGUAUCACUUUCCGGUCCCCCCACUCUUAUCCCACAAGCUCCUCUUCAGGUGCCUGUCCAUAAUUUGAAUGCCGUCAAUCUACUGGGCUAUUUGCUUUUGGCGCCAGAUGGGCAACAGCAAGCUCAUCCUGCACCUGGUGUGGCAGCUCCGGCUCCUCCGCCACCACCGCCGCAAGUCGCCCAAAUGAUCCAGAAUCAGAUGCCCCCCAACCUUGCGCCAGAUCCAUCAGGGACUCCAUCUGAGAUCUUAGGACAGCCUGAGAUGCUCUCGUGGGCUGGAAUUAUCGAGCACUUCUCUCCUAGUAUCAAGAUUCAAGAGAUCCUGGCCGCCAGAGAUGAGUCUGCUCCCAAUUCUACCGAUCAAUCGACGCAGGACCAGGCAAAUCCACUGGGGCAACACAUACCAUCGUCGCAUCGCUUGCGUACUGAUGAGAAGAGAUACACCCUCAAGUGUCUGUCGUUUAAAUCCUGUGGUUAUGUGUUGAUUGAUGUGGCAGCCAUCAACACUAGGAGUAUCCUCCCCUUGGGCACUCAAGGCAUCGCUGGUAACGCCGAUCUUCAUAGCUCAAAUCUGAGACCUCUAAUGCAGAAAUGCCAUGAUAAGCUACUGGGUCGCAUUGCACCUUUUAUCAGAUCUCAAGAGCUAUUCCAACUGACCAAUGCUUUUGGUCUCGAUUUGGGAUGGGAUAGUGUCUACGAUCAACAAACCAUCGCUGAUGCUAUAGCCGACGGCGUUGAACAUCCUGGCAGAGGGCGAUUCUCGGGCACAAUUGAUGCCACUAGCAAUACUGGAGCCACUGGCUAG